CGUCGGCAGUUGGCAGAUCGGAGAUGGAGGGGGAGAGGGGGCGGGUGCUGGUGGUGGGCGGGAGCGGCUACCUCGGCCAGCACCUCCUCGCCGCGCUCGCCGUCCACGGCAGCGUCGACGUCGACGUGGCCUUCACCCACCACCGCGGGACCGCGCCGCGGCCGCUCCUCGACGCGCUCCCCGGCGCCCGCGCCUUCCGCGCCGACCUCCGCUCCGGCGACGGCCUCCAGGCCGUCGCCGCGUCCUUCGGCCAGCCACAUGUGAUUGUGAACUGUGCUGCAAUCUCGGUUCCUCGGGCGUGCGAAGCGGACCCAGCUGCUGCCAUGGCCACUAAUGUGCCUUCUUCACUUGUUGAUUGGUCGCUGAGCUUCGGGAAUGACAGGACUCUUUUGAUUCAUCUCUCCACAGAUCAAGUUUAUGAGGGGGUGAAAUCCUUCUACAAAGAGGAGGAUGAGACACUGCCGGUGAACAUGUAUGGCAAAUCAAAAGUUGCUGCAGAGAAGUUCAUUACUGAGAAAUGCUCAAACUAUGCAAUCUUGAGAAGCAGCAUCAUUUACGGGCCACAAACAAUCUCUCCUGUUGAAAAGUCGCUCCCUAUCCAGUGGAUGAACUCUGUCCUUUCACAAGGCCAACAAGUUGAUUUUUUUAAUGAUGAGUACCGCUGCCCAGUUUAUGUAAAAGAUAUGGUGGAUGUAAUAUUGUCUUUAACAAAAAGUUGGUUAUCAGAUGGCAAAAAAAUUCAGGUACUUCUGAAUGUAGGUGGACCAGAUAGGGUUUCAAGACUGCAGAUGGCUGAGUCUGUUGCUGAAGUUCGUGGAUACAGCAAGUCGAUAAUCAAAUCUGUGCCUGCAUCAUCGGUUAACCGGGGUGUAGCUUCACCGCCAGACAUAUCCAUGGAUAUCACCAGGCUAACUCAGACGCUCGGUAUCCAGCCGAUUACAUUUCUGGAUGGAGUCAGAGCUACACUUGACGCAGAAGCCAGUACAUGAUAUUCAUAAAUUGUUUGUUCGAGUUCCUCCACAAAAUAUCCGAGUGUGACACAAAGAACCCCCUUUCUUUUACCUGACAAAGAACCCGCUCUACUUUGCCGAAAUCGCAGCGGCGGUAGAUUUUGUUGGAUCUGUACGCGUGAAAGAUGUAACUUUGCUACCAUCGAACGACCUGCCCUUGGUUUUACUGUCUGUACCAUUCUGAAUAAAAAUGUGCAUCCAUGUGUCUUCUUCAGAAGUCUGUACUUCUGGUCUGCCACAUAUACCCUUACCAUAUACCAGUAUCACCAAUGAAGAAUCUUUUCACUCU